AUGUCUCGCCCUCUCGUCGUUGACAUUCACACCCAUGUCUACCCCCCAUCAUACAUGGCGAUGCUCCGCGCUCGCAAAACAGUCCCCUACAUCCACGACCCAGUCAACGGCGAACCACGCCUGAUAAUCCUCUCAUCAGACGACGACCCCGCAAUCCCAAUUGACCAGCGCGGCCGUCCAGUCGACUCAUCCUAUUCCGACAUCAACGUCAAAUUAAACUUCAUGCAACAGCACGGUAUCGACUGCAGCGUGAUUUCCCUCGCAAACCCAUGGCUGGACUUCCUCGAGCCCCCCGAAGCCCAGAAAUGGGCCGAGCAGAUCAACAAUGAUCUGGAAGUUACCUGUGCGAAGCACAACGCCUCCACUAAUCCAGACAAGACCCUCCCUCUGCAGGGGCGCUCGACGCUGUUCGCUUUCGCGGCUUUGCCGCUCAGCGCGCCGAGUCCCCAGAUCAUCGUAGACGAGAUCAAAAGACUCAAAACCCUGCCGCAUAUCCGCGGCGUCAUUAUGGGGACGUCCGGACUGGGCAGUGGUCUUGACGACGACCGGCUUGGGCCGAUUUGGGCUGCGCUAGAGGAAACGCAGCUCCUUCUCUUCUUGCAUCCUCACUAUGGUCUUCCCAGUGAGGCGUUUGGUGGUGCAGAGGCGACAGGUCGCUAUGGCCAUGUCCUUCCUCUGGCGUUGGGGUUCCCUCUCGAGACUACCAUUGCGGUUACCCGCAUGCUGCUGGCUCGAGUCUUUGACGAGUUCCCGCGGCUGCAGAUCUUGCUGGCGCACUCCGGUGGCACGUUGCCGUUUUUAGCAGGGCGCAUCGAAAGUUGUAUUUUGCAUGAGCGCAAGUUUGUGCAGAAUGGCGGGGAUGUUCCUGGCCCGCAGAGGAGUAUCUGGGGGGUUUUGAAGACGAAUAUCUUCCUUGAUGCGGUGGUUUACGGUGUUGCUGGGUUGAAGGCGGCAGUCACUGUUGGGGGAGGUACUGAUCGUCUUAUGUUUGGUACUGAUCAUCCAUUUUUCCCUCCUCUGAAUGAAGGAGAGAAAGAAUGGCUCAGUGUGACGACGAACUAUAAGGCUAUAGAUGAGACUUUUGAGGGAGAGAAGGAUACUGUGGCUGCAGUUCUGGGCGGAAAUGCCGCUCGUGUUCUGAACUUAGAGUAA